CAACGCUAAUUUAUUGGUACGGAGUUAAUUUAUAACCAGUUGACACUGUGCUGGAAAAUCCAUUGAUAACGUUCAGAGACGUUUUAGCAGUUGGAAUUCAGAGAUAUUGGUAAUAGCUGAUCUUAAGAGGAUCGUGAACAUUUAUUAUGAUCCUUGCAAUUUCACAAAUUGCUUAAAAAAUAAGAAAAAUGGUUCAAAAGUUUUCUUUUAAUGUAAAUUUAUUCAUUUUCUUAGAGUUUUAUGUGAGCAAGAUCUCUCCUCACCAAGCAAUUUUAAUCAAUAAAAUGCAACAUAGAGCAGAGACUCCUGUCGUUGGAAUGAUCUCAAUUACGCCACAGUCGAAUGCCCAUAUUUUUCACCUUUUGCGCGAUCGAAUGGGACAGGAAAUUUCACGGCGUGAUUUCGUGAAAAUUGAAAUGUGACGAUGAAAGAGAGAAUUUAUGAGUGGUUUGGCAUUUUACUAUAACAAAAAUCCAUCCAUAUUGCCUGCACAAUACAAUGUUUCUUCUGAUGUUUUCUCCUCCCUCUCGGCACAAUAUUGCGGAACCGCCAGAUAUAAUUCACAACAUACUGUGAGCUAUUUUGACGGAGUCUCUUUUUCAUUUUUUUUCUUCGCCAUCACCCACGAUCGCAUGUGAUCAUUCAAUCUGAAAAUUUGAAUUGGGACAGCAAGUCCAAGGCAUUGUUAUGCAAUCUCAAGAAAACCACUUUUGCACACCACACUGCCUCAACAUCACGAUCAUAUUUUUUUUAAUAAAUAUUUCAAUGAAUUGAGCGAGUUUUGAAGUUCCUGCAAUCAUGCAGAUUCUUUGAAAUGUUUUUAAAUUGUUCCUUUUUAUGCUAACAAAAAUUUCAUUUCAUGAGGAUCGUAAGACAUAUGAAAAUUAACUUAAUAAAGAAGCAAAGAGAUAAAUAAAGUGAAGAAAUGAUUUAUGCUACAACAAAAUGAGCAUAGAAAAUUGAGUAUUUGCAAUUGAAUUAUUGAAAUGUUCCUCUUCUGCCCUCUUUAAUGGCUAAUCAUCAAUCAAACUAUUAGUGCAACACCUGAAGGGACCCACCUUGUAGACAUAACUUAGUAUAUACUUACAUACUACAUUAUGUAUAAUGAUACAUAUAUAGCGCGAAAAACGAUGGCAAAGCAUGAGGAGAGAUGGAAAGAUCAGAGUGUGUGGAAAAGCAUAAUGGCGAAAAACUGGUGCAGCGAGCCGCAAAGUCUCACAUACAAUCGAAAAGUUAUGUAUAUAUUGCUCAUAAAGAGUGAAAGCAGGCUCAAAACGACCCAACAACAUUGAGUUUUCAAAUCUAUUGGUACAAGGUGAACUGAAAGCUUAGGUAAAGUCGAGCUGCAGUUUUGCCCCACCUUAGUGAGACUCCUCACUGCGAUGAGAUGUGGUCCAUGGAAGAGAGGGACAUGAAAUUGCUUAUAUGAUGCACCUUUCCAUCUCUAAAUUGUAUAUGACUGAUGGUGUAAAGAUUGAAUGCUCUGACAAGGUCGGAGCAUCCGUUGCAAUUUCUCCUGAGAGAUGCGCGUUGAUUAGAAGAAGAAAAGAGUGAUCAUAAAAAUUUGAAAUGAGGUUCAAUUUAAAAAUAUAAAAAUUUAUUUUUUAGAGAAAAAAAACCUCGACAAAAUUGGUAGGGAAACAGGCUGUUGGUGCACAUAAAUGUGUAUUAUAGUUAUACUAUCGUUUAGCCUAAAUCAAAAAUCCCACAACUAAUACAAACAUGAGAAAAUAUGGUGGGCUCUGUGGUUGGCUACUUAGGAGACCCCGUACUAUGUAUGACCAGACACGCGAUACACAUUAUUAAUUUGAUCCCACCAUAGCCAAUCGAGUUUAUUGGUUUUGUCCGAAGUACCCAACAUUUUGUCCAGGCGCAUUUCUUAAAAACGGCCCCAACCACAGCACAACGGCAGUCCGAGUGGUGAGCCUGUCGUGAGCUUUUCAGACUCGAGAGCCCUACAUUUCUCUUUAUUUAAUUAAUCUCAAAUUUUUGUUAAACAAAGAAAAGUGCAAGAGAGACCUCCUUGUGACAAUGUAUACGAAAGUGUUAAUUGGGGUCAUCGCACUUGUUGCACUCCUGACCAUUGCUGAGUGCCUCCGGAUUCAUGUGGAUGAACCACAGUAUUACGGUGAUGUGUACCACGAACGAUCGGUGUACCACCAGAAUUCGCUCAAGGCGAAGAAGAAGGAGAAGGAGCAGGACUUUAGUAAAAUCCCCGGUGUGCCAGGAGUUGAUUAUCCCAUCUACCACGAAGUACCCGAUACGAGUUUCCACUGUGGUCACGUACCCGUAAUCCCUGGCAUGUAUGCCAAUCCUGAGACAGGAUGUCAGGCAUACCAUGUCUGCCAUGAUGGACGUGAGGGACAUCAGGGUGCAUCGUUCUUGUGCACAAAUGGAACACUUUUCAAUCAGAAACUCUUCGGGUGUGAUUGGUGGUACAAUGUUGAUUGCCAUCAAGCGCAAAACCUGUGGAGAUUGAACACCGAUCCCGAGCUCAAUCCAUUUACGCCGAAAAAGAAAUUGGAGGAAGUGCCAAAAUACCACCAUCAUUUUUAAUUCCAUUUCUUCUACACUAUGGCCAAUCUAAAGCGCGCGAUUUUCUGCACACACAUACUCUACCCUCUCACCUUAAAUGAGAUUUUUCUUUUACCUGGGUGGACCUUUCCCGAAAAACACAUUUCAUUUUCAUUUCAAGGUGGUCUGUAAAGCAAGAAAACCGCCUUUUUUCUCUUCUCUACCAUCUACUUCUUUUUCAAUUAAUUUAAUGUCGAAAAACAAAUAUUAAGUUAAUUUAUGUGCUGAGAUGCAAAAACAACGAGUGUAUUGUAUGUAUUUUAGAGUAUUUUUUUGGCAUAUUAAAUGUAUUAUAUGAGAGAAA